AUGCUAUUCAGGCCAGCUGCUCUACUGGGCAUGAAUCUCGGCGAAACUCACAUUAUUCGCAACGGUGGCGGUUCUGCCAAAGAAGCCCUCAGAAAUAUUAUCAUCUCUCAGCGGCAGCUUGGUACCCGAGAGAUCGCCGUGUUCCAUCACACAGACUGCGGAAUGCUCACUUUCACAAACGAGCAACUCCAUGAUAAGGUCAAGGCAGAGGCACCGGGUAAUGCAGCUGUCGCAGCAGCUGUUGACGCCAUCGAUUUCCUUCCUUUCUCAUAUGUGGAAGAGAGCGGGAAAGAGGAAGUCAAGUUCUUGAAGGAGAGCCCUCUUGUUCUCGAGGGGACAGUCCUCACAGGAUGGGUCCAUGACCUCACUACAGGCAAGCGGUGCCAGGAUCCCCAGCCUCCACCGUGGGCACCUCAGAAGAAGCGCCUCACCGACCAAUCAACUGCCUCCAUAGACCUGCUCGCUACAGCCAACGGUAACGCAUACUCCAGGGAGAAACGCAAGUACCCCAAAGAGAAACGCGAAUACCCCAAGGAGACACACCUCGAGAACCCAGACGAUCCUGAUUAUACCCGCAUGGUAGUCGACAGGCCGCUGAUUUGCUCAUCCAAAUCAUGGUUCCCAACUUCGAAACGUUUACCUUUCGAAGCCUGCGGCUAUGAAUCCAAAACUCGAUUACAGUCGAAGCCUGUCAUUUCGCGACAGGUCCCAGGCAUCUAUCACGUGGCUGUCCGUGCGCCCUAUAAGCUCCUUGGAUCCUUCUGA